AUGUACGAACCUCUUUCCGACCAACCAACUGGAUUCCGCAACUUGGAUCAGGCCGAUGUGCUGGAAGAUUCGGUACAACUUCUCUGCACUCCAACAUCUCGCAACUUCAUUGUGGAUUUUGGCGACGAGGAAGCAUGGGUGUCCUUUGAUCAGCCAGCCGAGACAAUUCACAGUUUACUCGAAGCAUCGCGUCCGUCCACUCUUCACACACGCUGGAUCAACAUCUGGUACCCGUUCUUGCAGCGACCUCUUCUGGAGCUACUGGCUCAGCAGUACGACUUCUCACCAAGACUGCUGGCACUCAUGAGCUCAGAUCCCAAACGAAUGAGACAGUAUCCUUCUCAGCCUGUUGCUGUCGAGAAAAGGACCGAAGAUAUACUGAGACGUUCUUUUGAGGAUAUCGAGAAGGGUCUCUCGUCAUCACCGCUUCCUGCCACGGACACCAGCUCGCUUAGCAGCUGCAACCCUGCACGUACUGGAAAUCUCUACGACAUUGUCGACGGUGUCUGGCAUUACACUUCUCUGGACCAAGGCCGAAGCUACCUCUGUCUAGGCUUCAACAGCUUGUAUAACGUGCACGCUGUCGAAGCUGGAUGUGGUGUGUCGGAGGAAAGUACAGGAACCAAGGACGCGCCCUUACCUCAUAUCAAGCGAGUCUGGACAUGGCUUCUCAUCUGCGCAGACAAGACCGUCAUCAGCAUCAACGAGGACAUUUAUCCAUACAGCGAAGGUCAUUUGUCGCAUCCUCAGCACCUGGUCAUGAUGGAAACUCGUCGUAACCUCAUGAAUGUCUUUCGCUCGCUAUCCAAGGUUGAAGACAGCAGGGAAGCAAACCCGCUUGUGCUCUUGCCUAUCAGAAGAAGACUCGGUGAUACCAAGGAAGAGACGGCACAUCGCGACAAGGAUGCACCUGGUCUGCUGUUCUACUACCUGUUUGAGAAUUGGUUUAAUAGCUACUCUCUCAUUACGCGUAGAGAGAGCAGAUAUGGUAUGGAGCUGGAGAAGCUUCAAAAAGAGAUGUUCUCGGCACCAAAGCUUCAUCACAUUGACCUUCUACAUGGCAUCGGUAACGAACUCGGAGCGCUCAAGCGCCACUACAAGAGUUACAUCCGCCUAGUCGAUCGAGUGACCGAGCCACAAUCCAGCACCCUGGCAUCAAGAACAGGAUCUCGCGUGCCCAGCAAAGCAAGCCAGGAGACUUUCGACAAACUCGCCGUACAAGGAGCACAGUCGCUGAUGGGAGUCGGUUUGACGAGUGCAGCCAUUGUCCGUUUCGAGAGACUCCGAGAUAUGAUCUCGUUGUAUGCUCUGGCUGAAUGUAAGGAUUAUUUGCACCAGAAAGAUGGACUGGUACAGAUGAACUUCCAACUCGUGGCCAUGUCGCAGUCUGCCGGUGUCGAUCGCCUUACGAGGGUCGCGUUGCUCAUCAGCAAAGCGACCAUUCUGUUCCUUCCACUGACCUUUUUGACCGAAUACGUGUCGGCUGAUCUCGGCGUGACGUAUUCGGUAAAGACAUACUGGAUUGCAUUCGCUGUCGUUCUGACCUUGUCGUGGAUACUCCUGAUGGGCUUUGGCGUGUUGAGUGGGACGAUGGAGACGUGGAGUCUGUUUCCACCAUUGAAGAGAUCCUUCAGCAAGAUCAAGAACUGGAAGAGGAAGAAUGAGUGA